CCUCAUGCGAACUUUCUGUAUUAUAUUCGUUUCCGUUUCUGGGUCUGUCGAAAGCUGGUCCCACUCCAGCGCCUGCUAAAUUAAACUCGUCUCAACUUAAAAAAAUGGCGUCGGGAAGUUUCUUGUCGGUUUUUAAGGCUGGUGGUUACGCUGUUUAUGUUUUGUUUCUCUUACUCUGUACAUAUUUACUGAACCAACUGGAUCGAUACACUCUGGCAGUGUCUUCACAACCUAUGGCGCACGACAUACACUUUGGUGAUAAGGGAUGCUUGCCUUACAACUCCACAUUUUCUUCUAAAUAUAAAGACUUCUGUGUGAAAAGUGAGAAGGACAGCAGUCAACCUGAGAGAAACCAAACUAUAUGUGAAUUAAAAACCCCUCACAAUUCCACCCAACAUGUGUGUGCAUGGGAUUAUGAUGGAACAGGAAGCGACUAUCAGAUCCUUGCAGGUCCAGUUUUUAUCCUUGUGUACACAAUCAGUGGUAUUCCUCUUGGAUUCUGUGCUGGAGUUUUUCAUCGUAGAAACCUCAUUGUUUUCUGUCUUGUACUGUGGAGCACCAUGACAUUGUUGACAGGUUUCGCCACCAAAUAUUGGCACUUAGUUGUGACAAGAUUUAUUCUUGGGAUUGGUGAGGCUGGAUGCACUCCAUUUGCAACCAGUUUGAUUGCUGACUAUUUUCCUGAGACAUUACGAGGAUCUGCUUUUGGUGUAUAUAACUGGGGAAUCUACAUUGGUUACAGUAUGGCAUAUGCUUUUGGUAACUUCAUUACGCAAGCUAAUAUUGAUGGCAAAGGGUGGAGGUGGGUGUUCUGGAUUGCUGCUGCACCUGGCUUUGUGCUGGGAUUUGUUAUGCUGCUCACAAUGAAGGAGCCUGAGAGAAGUGAGAAAACAAAUCCACAGGCAAUUGUCACCCAUUCACAGCGACAGGUAUUGAGAGAGAAGUUCCUUUUGUUAUGCAGAACAUUCAUGCGUCCUUCUCUGCUCAUCUUGUUUCUUGCCGGAUCCAUAAGGAAUGCUGGAGGCUAUGUUUGGGCGUACAACACACAGCCUUACUUCAACAAGUAUUACCCUCAAACUAAUGUGGGAGAAUAUAUGAGCUGGAUCCCUCUGGUGGGAGGAAGCUUGGGAGUGGUCCUAGGAGGAUUCAUCUCUGAUCGGUUGAUUAAAAACCGAGGCUUUUAUGCCAGAGUUUGGGUCCUAUUAUUCAGUCAGAUAAUUGCUGCGCCAUUUGCUGCAGGAGCCUUGUUCUUGCCCCCGCCAUGGGCUUUCAUCAGUCUGAUUCCCUCAAAUGUCAUUGGUGAGAUGUGGGUUGGUGUAACACUCACUGUAGUAGUCGAACUUGUACCAAACUCUAUCCGUUCACCCGCCAUAGCAGGUUAUUUGUUCAUCAUCAGCAUCAUUGGUGGUAAUGUGCCACUCCUCGUUCCACCUCUGAAGAAAAUCACCAGUCUGCGGACAGCUCUGUACAUUCUUUUUCCUGGCCUGUACCUCCUCAGCUCUGUGUUCUUUCUCUUGACUUUGUUCUCGUUGAAACGCGAUAUGAGACGAGCCAAGGAGGAAGAGGAAGUCAUUAAACCGUUAUUGCCUGAGACACCCACUGAAUAUGAAGGAAAGACAGUUUGAUAACAUCUAGAAUGGAAUUGAAUUACCAACUGUCUUGUUUCAAAGGCAGGAGACAAAUGCAUUUAAGUUUGCCUUUGUUUGGACUAUUAGCUGAACAAUCUAUUUAAACAAAUUAGAGAACGUUGAUAAAUUUUCCUUGACGCGUACAAAAAAAUGGAAACGAACCACUCAUCGGAAGUUAUUCCUACCAUUUUUGCAAUACAUGUCUAGCUAAGACACAGGAAUUAGAAAUGAUAUAUUGAGUAAAAACGGCUGCACUCUAUUUAAUUGUAUAAGAAAACUUGUGCCACCGGCCUAUGCAGUUAAAUUCAAACUGACGCCAAUCGCAACCCGAGCACUCGUGUUUUCCCGCGCUUUGGGUAGUUUGGUUGUUUAGGAUGAACUGUUCGUGUCGUGCAUUAAAAAAAAAAAGUAAAAAGCUAACUUAUUCAUAUUGUUCUUGAUUAAUGAUUCUUUAGAUAAAAUAAUUUGAUCAUGCAAUGCUCAUGCAACUUACGUUUGGAAAAAGCUCAAGGUGUCCAUUAGAGGCAACUUCAAAGCAAGUUUGAAUUGAGAUCAUGUUGUCCUUGAGUAAAGAUUGAGCAGUUGCUGUAGUUCAGAACCAUCAUUCCUUUGCGAUUAAGAUCUAUGAGACAGGUUAAAACUAUGGAUUACUUUAUCGAAAACUACAUGAAACUAAAAAGGUUACGAAACCUAAACUCUAAUUUGAGUGAUAGAACUCUCUUCACGAGAGCUCCCAUUUGUUUACGUUUUCUCGACUUGUCUCUCAAGUUUCGUUUCUGAGCCCAUAACUGGCUGCAUAAAUUGAUGGUGAUGGUG